CUGACUUUUCUCACGGACUCGAGAGGGAAUGCGCGCAGUUCAACGUUUUAAUACACCCACUGAAAACGGGUCGUCGAGAUCCUAUGCGCCCCUUCCUUGUUUACGCUGGUCAGCAGGAUCUGGUCAAUGUAACGACAACUUAUGUUCUGAGAAUUGUGUCGGAUGGAAAUGAGGCACAUUUGGAAGGAUACAUUUCAGUGGAGGAACGUCUGAUAAAUUUGACAAGUCCACUCUACUUUCUGUGUGCCAUCUCAAAUGGUACCUUAGAUUUCGCUUUUACGAACCCCAUGUGGAAGUCCGGACUCCGAGAAUGUGGGACCUCAGACACCAAAACUUUCCUCACGUUGAUUGGUGAAUUAAAACCGCAAUCUCCCGGCGCCUGCAGCGGCAUAAACAUGACGUGCUACGACGGUGAAGGCGAAACUGGAAAGGUGAUAUUUACAGGAGAGGUAACUGGGAAAUUUAAGUGCGAAUCCUCUGGAGCUGCGAUGACUGUUGUUGGAACGGGAGGGCAUCCUCAAUGCCUAUAUACGUAUAGCAUUCCAUGGACAAGACAGACGUCCAAAGCUCCAUAUAACGCUGGAUCCACACUCUGCGGCACAACCUGUUUGGGCACUGAGUCUCUUAUAAAAAUUUGGCCUUGCUGGAGGGUCGGUCACAGAUUCCUCCUGGUCGUACCCACAACUCAACUCUGUCCAUCAUCAGAUCUCAUGAAAAACGAGUGUUCAUGUAGACCGAUUACAAAGUCAUGCUUUACAACUUGCACUCUCUCAGUGGGCUUCCUGCAAUUUAAGAGAAAACACUGUAUGUUGUGGGGAGUUUUGCAUGGCUUGGAAGUCACACGAGCUCUGACAGAAGCAUGCCUGGUGGAGUCAGUCAGAGGAGCAGAAAGCAGUCCACCGGAAAUCUACAUCGCAGUUAAAACAACUUGGGACUCAAGACGCCACGUCGAGUAUGUAGCGAGCAAUUUCAGAGUCGACAAACCAAUAAAGACGGGCACCAUAAGUCAAUCAGGAUGUGUAAUUGAGUUGGUAUCGGUCACGCUGCUGACCACUUCGGUGGAAAUGCACGUUAAUUCUCACAUAUAUUCAUCCUGUUCCAAGAGGCCACCACCUGCGGGUAGAAAAAUAAGUAGAAAAUCUGUUUCGACGAAUGCCAGUGAAAGGUUACUUUAUACCAAGUUCGAUUGCGAGAACGUAUCCCAGAACGAAUCCAUGGUAGGCGUGGUCGACAUCA